AUGCCUUCUGCUCGUGACAGACUGGCUGAGCUUCGGGCUCUUCGUGCCUCCGGAAAAAAGCGUCUGUCCACUUACGAGGUCGAGGAGCAGGGAGACAUUUACGAAGAAGUCGACGAUGAUGGCUACAAGAAGAUUAUUCGCAGCCGACUAGACGAGGACGACUUUGUAGUCGACGACAACGGUGCCGGGUACGCAGACGAUGGUCGAGAAGUUUGGAACGAACGCACAGCCGAAUACGACAGCGAUGACAGUGAUGAAUUGCCUGCGCGCGGCAAAGCCGCCAAGCGAAAGCGCGAAGAAGAGAAAGAGCGCAAGGAGAAGAUCAAUAAUGGUAUCUCGAAAUACUUCAACAGUGGAAAUGCUUCAGCUUCAGCGCCAAAACCCAAACCGGUUGCGACUGCUGCAGAUGAUGCCUUCAUGGCAGACCUUCUCGGUGAAGUCGACACCAACGUUGUCUCCCAUAAUGCUCCUACGCGAAACAUUGUGAAAUCAGAGGCCCGACGAAAAGUUCGUGUACUUUCACCACCCCUAUCCGAGAAGCGACGCCGUGAGAAAAUCGAAUCGAAAAUUGAGAACGAUAUUCCAAGCUCCCCGCCAAAAGACCACCCAGCACUUUCUGACGGUAUCGAUGAUGCUCCCCUGGAUAUUGACGACGACGACGUCUUCAUGGGUGAUCCAAUGCCCUCUUCUCCAAUCAGCAAGGCCGUGGAGCGCAAGAUCACAGUUCCCAUCAAGAAAGAAGAAUUUGAGGAUGACGAUAUCGAUAUGAUGGAUGUCGCAGAGGCGACUGUAUCCACAAACAGCAAGACGGCAAACAUCAAUAUCACGGGAAGUCGACCUCCUCCAAAGAUCAAGAAGGAGAUUGUGACCACACCUGUGAACUCAUCGCCCAUCAAAGCUGCACCAGAAAUUCUCGAUGCUAGCUGGAAUGAUGUGAGAAGCAAGUUGAAUGUUCUCAGUAGUCCCGCACCAGACAUGCGUUCUUUUGGAAAGCUGAGAGCCCAGGAUGUAGUCGAGGAAGAUGGCAGCUUGCGCUUUUUCUGGCUUGAUUUCACCGAGGUGAACGGCAGUCUAUGCUUGUUUGGAAAGGUUAAGAACAAGGAAAACGGCUCCUACGCCAGUGCUUUCGUCAAAGUCGACAAUAUUCUCCGAAAGCUAUACUUCCUCCCCCAAGGACGAGAGACCGAGGAAGAAGUCGGCAUGGAGGAUGUUUAUGAGGAAGUGGAUCAAUUGAUGUCUCGUUUGAAGGUCGGCAUGCACAAGAUCAAACCUUGCACCCGCAAAUAUGCCUUUGAAAUGCGUGGUGUUCCUAAGGAGGCGGAAUAUUUGAAGUUACUAUACCCAUACGAUAAACCCGUCCUCGCGUUGGAAACCAAGGGUGAGACAUUCUCCCACGUCUUUGGAACCAAUACCUCCCUCUUUGAGCAAUUUGUCCUGUGGAAGAACAUCAUGGGUCCAUGCUGGCUUAAGAUCGAUGAAGCCGACUUCUCUGCCGUUCACAAUGCAUCCUGGUGCAAGUUCGAGUGCCAGGCAGCCAAGCCACAGCUCAUCACUCCUGUUCCAGACACAGAGAAUCUAGAGGUGCCACCUUUGACCUUGAUGUCUCUUUCCUUCCGAACCCAGCUCAACGUGAAGGAGAACAAGCAAGAGAUUCUGGUGGCAAGUGCGCGAGUGUACGAGAAUGUUUCUCUCACUGACACUACACCACCGGAAAGACUUCCCUGUAAGACAUUUACUGUGAUGCGACCGUCUGGAUCUUCAUACCCAAUGCACUUUGAAGCCGAGUGUCGAAAGCAGAGGGGAACAAUCAUGCUUGAGAAAAGUGAACAGUUCCUGCUCAGCAAGUUCCUGGCCAUGUUUGAGAAGAUGGACCCGGAUGUCAUUAUGGGUCACCAGCUGCAGGAUGUCGAUCUAGGCAUUCUUCUCAACCGUUUGCGAGAGAAGAAGACCCCUGGCUGGCACCGUGUUGGGCGACUCAAGCGUGGAGAUUGGCCCAAGAACUACAGUAAGCACGGUAGUUUCUUUGCCGAGAGACAACUUAUUGCUGGACGACUAAUGUGUGACUUGGCCAAUGAUAUGGGCAAGUCUUUGAUGAUGAAAUGUCAAUCCUGGAAUUUGACUGAAAUGUGUCAGCUUUACCUUGGUGAAGGCAACGCCCGUCAGGACUUAGAUGCUGAGGCGGCUUUGAAAUCAUGGGCCUCAACCAAAGAAGGCCUGAUGAACUUUGUCAAUCACUGCGAUACUGACACCUACUUUGUUGCUGCCCUGGUACUACGCCUGCAGAUGCUGCCUCUCACUAAGGUUCUCACAAACAUCGCUGGUAACUCGUGGGCUCGUACUCUCAGUGGUACUCGCGCAGAGCGUAAUGAGUACAUUCUGCUCCACGAAUUCCACCGUAACAAGUAUAUCUGCCCAGACAAAUACUCUUCUCGCUUGCAGAAAGCAGAAGAGAAGGAGGGAGAUGAUGAAGAUGCUGGCGACAAGAAGAAGAAGGACAAGUACAAGGGUGGUCUCGUCUUUGAGCCCGAAAAGGGUCUCUAUGACCGAUUCAUUCUGGUCAUGGACUUCAACAGUCUGUAUCCUUCCAUUAUUCAGGAGUACAACAUCUGUUUCACUACAGUUGAUCGCACAUCUUCGGCCGAGAACGAAAAUGAAGAGAAGGUUCCCGAAGUUCCGUCCUCAGAUCAAGAGCAGGGUAUUCUCCCGAAGCUCAUUGCAACCUUGGUCGGUCGUCGACGUGAAGUGAAGAAGCUGAUGAAGGACAAGCGCGCCACUCCUGAACAGCUCGCUCUGUGGGAUACCAAGCAACUUGCUUUCAAGCUCACGGCCAAUUCUAUGUACGGUUGUUUAGGUUACACGCAGAGUCGAUUCUAUGCCCGUCCUUUGGCCAUGCUUACCACCUUCAAGGGUCGUGAGAUUCUGAGGAGCACCAAGGAUUUGGCAGAGAGCAGACAACUUCGUGUCAUCUAUGGUGAUACUGAUUCCGUCAUGAUCAAUACCAACAUGGACACCAUCAGUGAAGCUCUCAAGGUCGGUGAAGAGUUCAAGAAGUCAGUCAACGAGAGGUAUAAGUUGCUGGAGAUUGACAUUGACAAUGUCUUCCGCCGACUAUUGCUGCAUGCCAAGAAGAAGUAUGCUGCUGUGAACCUGACAGAGAUUGAUGGCAAGUAUGUUGAGAAACUUGAGGUUAAGGGUCUGGACAUGAAGAGACGUGAAUAUUGUGCUCUCUCAAAGGAGGUCUCCCAAAGACUUCUGAAUGAGAUUCUUUCUGGUGAAGACCAGGAGAUUGUUCUCAAUAAUAUCCACGACUAUCUGCGCGAACUCGCUGAGAAGAUGAAGGAGUUCACUAUUCCAACUCAGAAAUAUGUCAUUUACACGAAACUUUCAAAGCGACCCGACGAGUACCCUAACAAGGAGACCAUGCCUCCAGCACAAGUUGCUCUUCGGGAUAUUGCCCGAGGAAAGACAAUUCGACCCAAUGAUGUUAUCUCAUACAUUGUGACAAGCGGUGAUGCUGAAACAUCUUCUCUGGCACCCGCCAAGCGAUCGUACACCCCACAAGAUGUGUUGAAGCCGAACUCAGGGCUCAAGCCCGAUGUCGAUUUCUACAUUCUGAAACAAAUCUUCCCUCCCAUUGAGCGUCUGUGCGCCCCGAUCCCAGGUACCGAUGCCGUCCGUCUGGCCGAAUGCUUGGGACUGGAUACUCGCAAAUACCAAAUCAAUACAUCCAGUUCAAGCAAUCAGCAAAAUGCAGAGAUCUUCCCACUGGAGUCACAGAUUCCAGACGCGGUCCGUUUUGCCGAUGCAGCCCGAUUCAGCCUGAGAUGCCGAUCCUGCAAGGAGCAAUCUGUAUUUGAGGGCUUGGCAGGUUCAUCGCAAAUGUGCACUGCCAAUGGCAUCGUCUGCCCUAAUGAGACUUGCCAGAUGCCUUUUUCAGUCAUCAGCAUCGUUGCGCAGUUGGAGAACCAGAUCCGUGAGCAGACCGCCCGCUACUACGAGGGCUGGCUUGCUUGCGAUGACUCUGCGUGUGGUAAUCGCACCCGCCAAAUCAGCGUGUAUGGACAUCGCUGUUUGGGAACCCCGGGGUCGUGCCGAGGGCUGUUCGGGUCGCAUGUCAUGUACAACCAGUUGCUGUACUUUGCUGGUCUGUGGGAUGUGGACAAGGCCAAGGCUGCCUCAAGCAAGGAGACUGGCGAGAAGAAGGACAGCAUUUCUGCCUUGGCUGAGUUCAACCGGAAUCGGUUUGAAACAAUCAAGACUGUGGCAGAAGGCUAUCUUAAGAAGUGUGGUCGACAAUGGGUCGAGAUGGACAGUUUGUUCCACUUCAUGAUACAAUGA